GGCGGUAGGAUAUGCUUUCGGCCUCCUUUCGGCUACGGCCGCCAAUAUCCCACGUUGUUGAGUAACACCGAAAGCCCUGCGUUGAUGCAUCCACAGAUCGUUGGCGAUAGAACACGGCUUGGACAGGUAGGUACAUGUAGCCUUUCACGUACGCCACAUUCGUUCUUUGUGUUUGCGAGUACGCGGGCCGUUGAACUCGAUGAUGAAUCCAAGCCCGUCGGCAACGCACCGUUUGCGUCCAAGCUCCCCAGCGCCGCAACCAGGCACACCCAAGCUCCCGUCCGUGUGCUACUGUACAGGCCGCAAGGGACAGAAGCGGCCUGACCAGCCUGUCCUCUUCGCCUCCGUACUCGCGUACUUUGAAUAAAGGCCAGGGCAUCCUACCCAGGGAGCUUCUAUCGUGCCAGAGCACCGCCCAGUAACACGCCAAGCAGCGCUCGAUAGGUCCCAGAGUGGCAGUCCCGCAAAGGGUCAAGAGUGUGUGUGUGGGGUGUCUGAUCGGUCCACAUACUUGCGGCUAGCAUGAGUUGAACUUGUUGCUCAUGCUUCAUCCUAGGCAAUAACACUAGCACUAGCACGCUCCUCGUACUACGAGUACGGAGCCAUGUUAGUUGUCGAGUGUAGGCAGUAACGAGAUGACUGAUGACCAGCCUUUUGCCAGGCAGCAAGCGCCGUGCCG